AGACUGUCGUCUUUGUAAGGAGACCAGUGAUCUGAGCACUGUGACAGUGCUGGUCCUUUUUAUACCUGCAGUUUCUCAAUGAACUAACAUAAAAGAAAGCACUGACCCUGCCUGCAGUUUUUGCAAGGCUAAGGUAAUAUUCAGUGCAAUAUUAAGAUCACAUUUUAUAUGAGAUCUUAACUUUUUUUCAUUUCUUUCUCAACAAGUAUAUUUUUUAUAAAUUUUGUUACAAACAUGGUGCUGGGUAAGGUGAAGAGUCUGACAAUAAGCUUUGACUGUUUAAAUGACAGCAAUGUACCAGUUUAUUCCAGCGGGGAUACAGUCUCAGGAAGGGUAAAUCUGGAAGUUACUGGUGAAAUUAGGGUAAAAUCUCUGAAAAUCCAUGCAAGGGGACAUGCAAAAGUAAGAUGGACCGAGUCAAGAAAUGCUGGAUCUAACACUGCCUAUACACAAAAUUACACUGAAGAAGUUGAAUAUUUCAACCACAAAGACAUCUUAAUUGGACAUGAAAGAGAUGAUGAUAAUUCAGAAGAAGGAUUGACCACUAUUCAUUCAGGAAGGCAUGAAUAUGCAUUCAGUUUCGAGCUUCCACAGACAACCCUUGCUACCUCAUUUGAAGGCAGACACGGCAGUGUGCGUUAUUGGGUAAAAUCUGAACUGCACAGAGCUUGGCUCCUACCAGUAAAAUUAAAGAAGGAAUUUACAGUCUUUGAACACAUAGAUAUCAACACUCCUUUAUUACUGUCACCUCAAGCAGGUACAAAAGAAAAAACUCUUUGUUGCUGGUUCUGUACCUCAGGUCCAAUAUCCUUAAGUGCCAAAAUCGAAAGGAAGGGCUACACCCCAGGUGAAUCAAUUCAGAUCUUCGCCGAAAUAGAAAACUGUUCUUCCCGCAUGGUUGUUCCAAAAGCUGCCAUUUAUCAAACACAGACAUUUUAUGCCAAAGGGAAAAUGAAAGAGGUUAAACAACUUGUUGCCAAUUUGCGAGGAGAAUCUCUUUCUUCUGGGAAAACAGAGACUUGGAAUGGGAAACUCUUAAAAAUUCCACCUGUAUCCCCCUCUAUUAUCGGAUGUUCCAUAAUUCACGUGGAAUAUUCACUAAUGGUUUAUGUAGAUAUUCCAGGGGCUAUGGAUUUGUUUCUCAACCUACCACUGGUAAUUGGCACUAUUCCGCUGCAUCCAUUUGGCAGCAGGACAUCCAGCGUGAGCAGCCAAUAUAGCAUGAAUAACUGGCUUGGACUGACACUGCCAGAAAGACCUGAAGCACCGCCUAGCUAUGCAGAAGUUGUAACGGAAGAACAAAGACAAAACCUUGUAUCUAAUGCCUGUGAUAAUUUUGAAUUGGCACUUCAAGGACCACUGUUUGCAUACAUCCAAGAGUUCCGGUUCCUGCCUCCUCCUCUCUAUUCAGAGGUUGAUCCUAAUCCUGAACAGCCCACAGAGGAGCACCCCUCUUGCCCAUCACGUUGAGGGAAUUUGCAGCAAAGAACAGAUGAGACUAUUAGCCGUCCGUCAGGAGAUGGGUCAGUGAUUAUGCGAUGAGCAUUCAAAGAAAAUGGUGAUCUUUGAAGCGGCACACUAAAUCAACCUGUGGUCCUGAUUACAAUACCUGCAGCGCAUCGAGCUUGAGCUGCAUACUUAAGGGAGUUCUGCGUUUUUGCUGUUGACUCAUGAAGCUGCUGCAUUCGUACAUCAUCAAGUUAUGCCACAGUAAUAAUUAGCGAGGCACUGUUUUUCUUACGUUACAGUGAAAAUUUGCACAUUCAGUGCGUAUGUAGAGCAGCUUGGCAUCACUACAGCUUUCCUUAUUUCUGCCAGACUAUGUUAAGUUCCUUUAGCACGGUUGUGCUCUGCACACCAAGAGGAAACAAAAGCUUUGAAAAACUCUUUGACAAAUGCACUAACUUUUAUUAUUAUUUUUUUUUAAAUUUUUGUUUAACUAAUGUUGUUGUAGCCUGGACUGUACCUGCAAAUGUAAAUGUUCAGCUGUAUCCUAUUCGGCUGCCUGUGCAUCACUUCUUCAGCUUGAAUUCAGCAAUGAAUUUAGUAACAUCAAAUGCCUUCAUGCCAAUCCAUAUUGCUGUGUAUUGUUUUGUAACCUACUGUAAUAGAAUAGCAACGCACACAGUGGGUUAAAAAUACAAAAAAUAACAGACGUGGGAAGAAAACGUUCAUCAAGAUUGUAGAUUUUAAUUUCUUUCAGACAUGUUGCCUUUAUACUUUCACCCCAACCAUUUAUUUUUUGUUAUGUUGCAGACUUCCUAGAAAUCACAAUCUCAGGAGAACUCCUCACUUGCCAAACUUUUGGAAUGCUAUAUGUGUUUUUUUUCCUUUGUUUUGUUACAUUGCACUGUUGUGUGUGUGUGUGUGUGUGUAUGGCAGGAUUUGCAGGGAGUAAUGUUGACUCAUACCAUGCACAGAAUAGCUAAAAAAAAUAAUAAUCCUUUUUUCUACAAUUAUGUGGACUUUCCAAUGUUUGGCAUUAGUGAAUAAAUAAAAAAAGGUCAUUAAAAGAGAAAAGCUCAGGUCAGGGGAGUUAGAUAAGCUUUUUUGCACUUAACAGCACUCUGAUGACUGUUCUGUGUGUACUGGUUAUUGCAUAUAACUAAUAAGCAAGCACAUGUACUUUCUUUUGCCCAAGAGUGGACUUCAUCAACACUCUUAACGUGCAGAAGAAACAAACCAUUAAUUAUAUUAGGGCAUUCUUGGUGUAGCUGUGACAUCAUAAGCAAGCGUGUCACUAGCUGAGCAGUUGUAAUAUAACAAAUUUGUUAUUCACACACUAUGGCUAACAAAUGAUGUGUAACUGAUCUAAUCAUUGUUUGAUUUACCAGAAUCAGUCCGCUCAGAUGUUUAAAACCAAUUUGUAUGAAUGCAGUGAACCUGAAAGUGUUUGUUUUUUCAUCUUUGUCUCUAGAUCUAGGCCUGAAGGAAAGAACACCUGUUGAUGUUGCACAACCAAAACAAGUUUAUGAAAGUUGUAGUGGAGAUAAGCACUGGCGCAAAAUGUCUUUUGGUUCUGAUCCAAUUCCUCUUUCACAUUUUCUGUAAAUCAGUUUUAUUUGUUCCAGUGCAGGAUUUUUUUUUUUUUAAUGACUUUCUAUAAUCUUGUUCCUUCUCCUGAUAUGAGAAGGCGCACAUGAUGUUCUUUCAGAAGCUUUUGACAAAAACAAACUUUUUUUUUUUUUUUUUUUUUUUUUUUUUUUUUUUUUUGCAAGUGUCCUGUUUUUUUUUUUUUUAAGGCUAAUUUAGUAAAUAAUUCCACAUUACAAUCUUCGAGAGAGAAGAAAUGUGAAGUUUAGUCACGUUUUAAGUGAUUCAGGAGACAACUUCUCCUCUUGAGAUAAUGCUUUUGGAAGAAAUGAUGGUUAAUUUGUCUUUUUUUAUCAUUUGUGUGUAUGUUUUCUGCAAUUUCUCUAGAGUGAUGGUUAAGUAAUGAGUAUUAAAUAUGAUUUUGAGUUCUACUGUACCCAGGUUCUAUUUUCCCAUAAUCUAGGAAACAAACAUGGGGAACAAUUCCUGAUACACAUAUGAAGCUAUAGCUUAAGGUUAUCUAUAACGCUGGUUUGACCAAUAUCAUAGCCACUGCAAAUUUAUGUGUUUUUAAGGCCACUGGCACUGUAUCGCAUGAACAUGUGAUAUAAAACAAACGUAAAAACUUAAAAAAUACUUCAGUUAAGUUUGUGUAUGUAUUUAUUUUCUUUUAGAGGCAUUAUUUUCUUAUAUUUUUCUUUUGAUAUACUGGUCAUUUCCUUAACACAAAUCAGAGAUAUGUAGUCCAGUAUUCAAGAUCUGUGUUCCUAAUUAAGAAUUAGGAAAUGGAGUAAAAUCCUCAUUUUUAGAGAAACAAAGUGCAAUAUUAUGUGUAUGCUUAUAGAUACUAAUCUAUGGCUAUUUGUACAUUUACAUUUUCUUUUAUUAUUUGUUUUGUUCUGUUUUUGGUGCUGAAAAUGUUCUUUAGGCUCCAGUUAAAACAAAAACUUUAUGUGGAAAAUGUUAUGUUUUCCUAUUUGUUCUUCCUUGUGAAAAAUAAAAAAUUCAUUUGUUUUUUAUAAAAAAAAAAA